GUGAAAAUAAAAUGAUUAAGAAAGUGAGGAUGGGAUUCCAGAAAGGAUGGGGGGGUGAGGAUGCUGUGUUGUGUGUGUGGUGAUAGAUAGAAAAGAAUGGGGUCUUAAUGUGUUAUGUGGUUUGUUGCGCUGGUGUAUGUGAAAGGUUGUGUUGUUUCCCUCGACUCCUCUCAUGUGUUUACCAGCUUUCAAGGCGUCUUUUCUUCUCCUUGAACUUUCUACUCCUUGAACCUCUACCCUGCUCAACCUGAUAAUAUUCCUCUCACCCUAUCUGCCUUUCUUUCAACGACGCGUAGAAGGUUGCUAUGCACGCACGUGAUUUAUAUUCUAUACUUCGGAUUUGACAUACAAUUUGAAGUUAUUUACUCAUAGCUUUCCCAAUAUUCCAUCCUCCAUCAAUCUCACCACAACGCCCCUCCUCACCCAUUCUAGGCAACAACAACAGCACCAAAAACAUAUCGGGAUUAACGGAUAUACCAGACAUCCGUCCCUUACCUCAAACUGCACGUUCAAGCACACACCCGCGUCCAUCGCGCGCCACCUGACCUCACCCACCCUCGCCUCCCCAACGCAACCCCCACGCCCCACGCGCCCCUCCGACUACCACCCUCCAUCGCCACCACCACCGCAGCACGACGUACGAUGAUGGAGGUGUGGGCAAGGGGGAAUAAUGUGUGGAGACAACUUGAGUUCUCGCCCUCAUCUGACGAGGCUGAGCUGCCUAAGGCGGGGGAUGAGGAAGGGAGAAAUGAGGGUGGCGAAGAGAAGGAGGAGGAGGAGAUAGAGCCACGUGAUUUGGAUAUGUAUGGGAAGGUGUUUGAGGCGGAGAGGGUGGAGUGGGUGAGGAGUGAUGGGUUUGGGUGUAUUGUGAAAUACAACACCUCUUCCUACGCCAUAGCAGGUUCUCCUACGCCGUUCCUUCGUCUUAGUCUCGAAGAGGGAGACGUGGGACAGCAGCAAAACGCGCUCGCGGAGAGGCACGCGCAGGCACUUCAGCGGAAUGGGAUGGGCAAUGGUUGGGCGGUUUCAGGCACGGGGAUGGUCGUUGACAUAACAGGCAUCCGCACACAACUCCCCCUCUCCCUCUCCCUCGCCCCCAACACCCUCACCUUCCCAUCUCCCCUCUCCCUCUCAAAAGACACCACACAAAUAACCGCCGGGACCACCCACUUCGCCGCCCUCACCGCCAGCGGCACCCUCUACACCUGGGGCGAUCCGCGCCAUCCCUCCCCGCUUGGCCGGCACUGUUCUUCCUCCCCUGACGAUGAUGGCAGCGUUCCAGCCGAUGAACCAGGCUUCGUAACGGCGCUAGAAGGUAUCCCCGGCGGUGGAGUAGUCAAAGUCGUAGCAGCGGGUUAUGUGACGGCUGCGUUGACGGGGGAGGGGGGGUGUUAUGUUAUGGGUGGUGGAACGGGGGAGGUGGAGUGUGUAGAGUUUGAUGUUGUGGAUGUGGCGGUUUGGGAUGGGGGGGUGGGGGUGUUGGACAAGGAGGGGGGGUGGUGGGUUAGGGGGGAAACGGUGAAAGAGGAGGAGGCGGGGAAGGAAGAGGAGGAGAGCGAAGGGGAGGAGAGGGAGGGAGGGUUUUAA